UUGGCACCCCAUGCCGGAGUAAUUGACCCGAAAAACCGCGCAAUCACCCCUGAACCACAGAGACAAGCAUAAAAUCUGAAAACAGUGAUUGAUGCUAAUUAAAUAAGUAUCUGCGGUGCAAAGGUCACUAAGAGCGACCCGCGUCGUGCAAUUUCCCUCGUUAAACUAGACGAUAAUCACCCAGUGUUAAUUCAACACUCUCUCGAGGUGUUUGAACCACGUGACAUAACCUCCGCGGGCUGAAGGCUCUCUCAGUGUCUCAUGGAGCUGUCAAAAUCGACGUUGAAGGGUCUGGAGGCCCUGCAGGACCCAAAAAUCAUCAACACCGAGACAUUUGAUCGACUAGUCGACUUCGUAGCUUCGAGUUUAACAGAAAAAAAAGCCGGAAAAGAUCUCUCGAUAUUCUACGAAUCUACAAAGCCAGAGAUCAUAAAAUCCGCCUACACAGACUUAACAAGUCUUUUUGUGGAGUCAUCAAGACACAAGUUCGACGCUGAGAAUCUCUCGACUUACCUGCACUCGCAGAAAUUAUUCGGCAACAGAGUCGAAAAAUUAUGCGACACAUAUAAAAUUCACAGUGACUCCCUUAUUCUCCAAUUGAGUAACAUCGGCAAUUCCCUCCCUUGCGUAAUAGACGUAGACUGGAGGCUCGACUACUGUAUCAAGACGAGUACAGAUAAUGAUGUGGGCGAGUGUGUCUAUCACGUGCGUCUAAGUACAAAGAGACACAAUAAAAUUGAUUAUGUCAAUUUUACGUGCUCACUUCAUCAACUUCAGGAGUUUGUUUACAAGCUUAAAGACGCAGCGAGACAUGUAGAAAAACUUUCAACUUUGUAAAUUAUUGAUUAUUCAGAUGUCAUUGGAUUCGCAGGGAGAUUUACGUUUGAAAAAACAAUUUGAUGAUCUUGUUAUCUUCAGUAGUUUCGGAGAUAUUUCAGAUGAAACUUUUGGACCUGAAAAUGAAAAUGUGUAUAAAUGCUGUCAAUUUGGGUAUUAAUGAUUCUGGGAGAGAAAAUUAAAAAAGAUGAGUUGAAUGUGACAACCUGAUUUCAGGUACAGAUACCUGACUUCAGGUGUCUUGCCUUCUUUAAAUUUGGCUCUGACACCUGUUUUGGAACGUUUGGAUAUGAUCUGUGAAAUUGGGUAAAAAUGCCAAGCCCGCGUACCUGAUUUCAGGUCAGUCGGUUUCAGAUUGAAUUUAGGCACGUGCUAAUUCUAUUUGUGAUAGUUUCAUAGGAGUUAAAAAAGCUGAGUAAGAAAUCAGGCGUUUGAAGCGAUUUCCAUCUGCCAAAUUUGGAAAUUUAGUAUACGAACCUGAUUUUACGCACUCGAACCUGAUAAUUAGGCGCCUGUGCUUAGUCUUUGAAUAUUUUUCGCCUAGAUAAAUAAAUUUGUACGAACUUCCGAGCGUUUUGCAACCGACUUCAUGAGAUGAGUUCUAAAAUCAGGCACCGAACCUGAUUUUAAAACCUCAAUUGUAUCCCACAUAAUUAAUAUCUGAUGUUAUAUUUGAUGAAUUACCGACAUUUUAGCCUGAUACGAUACUCAAUAAAAAUUCAGGUAUAUAUACCUGAUUACAUCCAGGGCUGCUCAUAGACCAGAAUUUUUAAUCAUCGUAUCUGAAUUCAGGCCAACUGGGUCGAAAUUCAGGCACAAGUGACUCAAACUUCUGAUAUUUUUAUUUAAGUCAACACGGUUGAGUACAAAAUCGAGUGUUCGGAGCGGUUUUCCACUUGCCAAAGCUUGAAAUUUAUCAGUCGAACAUGAUUUUAAGCACUAGAGCCUAAUAAUCAGGCACCUCCAGCCCACUUAUUCAAUUCUUUUUGCUUAGAUUGUGAAGUUGGUAUGAACUUCCAAGUGUUGUAACAGAUCCCACGAGCGGACUCCUAAAAUCAGGCACCUGACCUGAUUUUAAGCGCUGAACCCUGAUUUUAACUCCUUCAAUUGUGCCCUCCGCAAUUAACACCUGACGUUAUAUUCCAUGAAAUAUCGGUACGCGAACCUUAUUUCAGGUAUUCCACGUAAAAAAUCAGGCAUAAAUACCUGAUUCCACUCAAAGCAGCCCGAAAUCACUACAAAUACCAAUACUAGGCCUAAACUUCUAAUGGAAAAUGUAAAAUAAAAAUAAAAUUUUUUUUAAAGACA